UCAAUCUCUCCCAGCUCAUAUACCACCGUAAAUUAGGAGUUGUUGAGCUGCACUCACUCAUCACCCGCCAAGUGUAAACAAACCCGGCACUUGGCUGAUCUCUCCGUUGCCAUGCCCCCAUCCCGUCCAAUCCAAAAUCCCAACCCAGACGCGUCUAUGCACAAACACGGCGCGUCUCACCCAAUCGUCCCCAUAUGCAGGCUCUCAUCCCGAACCACCUUUCAAGGCCCUAGUUUGUGUUUACUUCUUUCCUAUUAUGGCCAAGAACCCUGAUACAGGGCCCAUUUAUGGACCGCGGUGACUAUAAUGUUUUGACUUAUCUUGCUCUCGUCUCUUCUCUCUCUCUUCUCUCUCCUCCCAUCGCGUCUCUGUUUGUGUAUCUGUUUGUGCCUCCUUCUUGUUCAUGGUCAUUGCCAUGAAGCAUUUCUUUUCAGCAUAAUUUACGACACUCGACUACUAACAGCAGCAAACUUGUGAUAUAUAUUUACCAAGAGACUUAUACGACUAGCCUCCACCACCGUCCAACAAUGAACGACCUUCCCAGUCCUGCUCCCUCGAGCUCAACUUUCGAUGAUGAGCUCCCAAUAGCUCUCAGACGGGUCCGGAGAAGCUGCUCAAACCAGAAUCUCCUACAAGAUUCUCCUUCCAGAGCUUCCCGCCGAAGCAACCGCGUCUUUGGAAUCGAAACUCCACCAGCAACUCCCCAGCGAAGGAAGAAGCGUGUCAGGUUCUCUGACCCAGGCCCUGCUAUUGCAGCAGCUACUGGCCUGACGCCUUUCAUCAACCGCCACUUCUCGAUUUCCACACCGUCAAGCAAUCGAAGACACUCGGCCCCCAGCCAAUGGAAUCUUGCACAAGAUGAUGCCCCGCUAUCGGGCACUCUGCAGUUUGCACCACUCCGUCAAGUCCUUGAUGGAAGGGUCAAGAGACGCAUACGAAGAAACCGAUUGAGUGAGGAGAUCAACACUAUCGAAUGGGAAAAGAAACAAGAGAAGAAGGCUGAGCGGGGAGAGAUAUCAAGACUACAACAUGCCCUCCGCCAGAAGGAUAUCGAGCUACAAUACCUACGCGAAGAGCAAGAAACUGCAAGUCAACUAGGCGGCGAAGCUCUGACUCCGACUGCUCGAGUACACGACCUCGAAGCACAGGUUGCUGAGCUCAAAGCAGAGUUGGAGAAGAGAGAAGUCUCUGGACAGGAUGACCCCAACUGGACUAUGGCCGCCCGUGACCCAUACGAUGAGGAUGCUUUCAUGCAAGAUUAUGAUAAUGACUUCGAUGACGGGAUGACCGAAAUGAUUAUCAGCACCCCCCUACGCCGCUCCUUCCCUUCACCACCAGCAACAGUCCCCAACACCCCCAGCAAAGGGCCAGUCAACCACAACAUCGGCGUCCAAGCCUCCAUACCCGACCCUUCCAAACAACUCCUAGAACAACAACUCCAAACACUCCAAUCCGAACUCGCCUCUCUCACCAAAACACUCGAGCUCAGCAACACAACCCACGACCGCCUCUCCGCCAAACUCGCCCCCUUCAUAACCCCCAUCGACGCCUGCCCCAACGAAUCCCUCGACUUCGCCCUCGACAGCAUCCUCACCCACCUCGCCCUCGCCCAAUCCUCGGAGCUCGAAUCAACACACCGCUUCACAGCCCUAACCACCGAACUCCACGCCCUCUUCCCCACCACCAGCACCCCCUCCGGCGCCUCCGCCGAAGAAAUCAUCCAAGCCUUGCACUCCCAAUUCCGCGCCGCCCGCCUGGAAUUAGAGUAUCUCCUCCCCGGCGAGCAGCCAGAGGGCUUCGACAACACCGCCCUCCUCUCCAUGCUCCUCGCCCGUCUCCGCCAACUCGUCGACCGUGUAAAGACCCAGGAUGACCACAUAGACCAGUACCACGAGCAAGAACUCUCUCUCCGCUCCCAACUCUCCGCGCGCGUCUCAGCCAUGCAAGGCCUACAAGAGAAACUCGCCAGCGCAGACGUAGUAAUCCGCACCCUCGAGCGCGAAGUCGGCGACAAAGACGCGGGGUUGCGGAAACUCACCACCGCGCUAGAAAGUUACCGCACCGAGGUCUCGAAUCUGGAAACCCUCAUCUCCCGACUGGAUGUUGAGCACACCGCUACGAUCGAAUCGGCGAAACAACAACUCUCCUCCCUCCACGCCGCGGCGGAAUCACGCAUCCAGCAGGAAAUGAACAACGCCUCCACCAUCCAAGGGCAGGCAGAGGAGCGAAUCCGCCAGGAAAUGGAGAAUGCGGCGUCGAUACAAGCAGCCGCGGAGCAGCAAGCUGCGCAGGCGGCGGCGGAGUCGGAGUUACAUGACUCCCUUAUCCGCGAGCUGGAUGCGCGGCUCUCGUGCGCGAUUAUCGCUUCAGACACUCUACGCGCUGAGCUAGAGGAGCUGGCUACCACCCACGCAGCCGAGACAUCCGCCCUCGUCACCGCGGCCUCGGAGCGCGAAAUCUCCCACGCCGAAGAGACGUCCGCCCUCCGCGCCGUCGCCACACAGCGGGAGACAGACCACGGCGCAGCGCUCGCCCUCCGCGACGCGCGCGUGUCGGAGUUACGAGAGGAAGUGGGACGCGUGAAUGUUGCGCUUAGGGGGGCACAUGAGACGAUCGCCAUCCUAGGGAGAAGGGUUAGGGGAUUGGAGAUCGUGGUGGAGGGCGAGAAGAUGAGGGGGAGGGAGGGGGUGGAAAGGAUUAGGGGGGAGUUGAGACGGGUGCUGGAGAUGGGGAAGGGGGGGACGCCUGCUAAGGGGAGGAGUGAGGGGGUUAGGAGGGCGUUGGGUCUUGAUGCUAAUAUUGACGCGGGGGUUGAUGGUGCGGCUGGUGUUGCGGUCAGUGGGGUACCAGAAGGACCAAAGGUGGGAGUAGUAAGACAAGGAGGCCUCUUCGAUAAGGAACUUGCUAGACGCAGAAGUGGGAGUCUUGGCGCUGGAGGGGAGAAGAAGAGACGGAGGUAUGAUUCGGGACUUGGGUUUUUGGAUGAGGAAGAGGAGGGUGAGGGGGGGAUUGGACGGGCGCUGUAGUCAUUCGCUACAAUAUUUUCUUUUGUUUUGUUUAGAG